CCUCCCCAGGUCCGGCAGGGGACGCUUCCGGUCCAUGGGGCAGCGGAACUCGGCUAAGACACUUCCGGCCCGGCCGCCCGGGGGAAACGAGAUAGCAACGGACACUUCCGGGAGUGAGGCGUGGGGCGCUGUGUCCUGCGGAAAGCUGAGCCGGCCAGGUAGUUCAGCCCUAGCAUUCUCUUAUAACUACUGUCUGGCCAUGGAAUGGCUAUCGAUGUGAAAUGAAUUUAGGGGUAUCUAUCAGGAGAGUGCUGCAGACAUAAGACGCAAGUACAAAGUACUUUUGUAUCCUGCACUUUAUAAAGAUGAAGAAGGAAAACAGAGAACAUAGCGAGAACCUUGAAAGCAACAAAGAGGAAUGUAUGCAGAGUUUGGAAGUUUGCCCUCAUUCUCCUUUGCUCUUUGAUGAUCAAUCUUCCCAGGACAUUGAUGUUCACAAAAAGAAAUCGAAAAAAAAGAAAAUUACACAAGAGAAACAAGACUCUUGGCUAGCUAAUUCUUAUAUUGGUGGGAAGUGUGAAAUUAAUAAUGAAACUGUAACAAAUGCUUCCAAAAAGAAAGUGAAAAAAGAGAAAUGGAAACACAGUGACAGUGAGCAGGAGGAAAAUAAUAUACUCUGUAUCCAUGUGAACCAAGAGAUGGACACAACUUUGGAGCAUGGUGAUUGUAUUUAUGUAAAUACAUCUGCUAAGAAGAAAAAAAGAAAAAAGAAUUUGUCAGAAGAGCAGGAUGAGGUAAACAAAUUGCCUGGGUUGUAUGCAUUUGGAAAUGAUUGCAGAAGCCAAAAAAAGAGAAAACAGACCAGCCCCUGUGAUACACAGGAAGCCAGAGAUGAAACCUUUGCUUCCUCCUUUUUGUCAUAUUCAGAACAAAAUUCUACAUCGUCUCAAGAAAGGAUUGGUGAUGUUAUGAUGUCAGGGUCAUCUACUAAAAUGAGCAGCCCAGUAGUGCCCAAAAAACACCACAAAACCCAUAAACAUAGAAAAUCCUCCAAAGAAGAUAAGACUGAUGUGACACAGAUUUCUUCAGUAUUUGAUGAAAAUCCUCUGGAUGUGACUGCUGACAUUUCUAAGAUUACUUCAGAGGGCAAUAAUGGCUGUUCUGAAGAAACUAUGGUACCAGUUAGAAAUACUGAUUUCCCUUUCCAAUCACACUCUGAACAAGCAACCUCAAAACAAAAUUCUACAUCCUCUCAAGAAAGGAAUGAUGACAUUAUGAUGUCAGGGUCAUCUACUAAAAUGAGCAGCCCAGUAGUGCCCAAAAAACACCACAAAACUCAUAAACGUAGAAAAUCCUCCAAAGAAGAUAAUACUGAUGUGACACAGAUUUCUUCAGUAUUUGAUGAAAAUCCUCUGGAUGUGACUGCUGACAUUUCUAAGAUUACUUCAGAGGGUAAUAAUGGCUGUUCUGAAGAAACCAUGGUACCAGUUAGAAAUACUGAUUUCCCUUUCCAAUCACACUCUGAACAAGCAACCUCAGAAGCUAAGAGAAAGUUACCAGACUCUGUAGCAUCUGAAACUGAGGAAGACCAGGAUGUUGGAUUUACAGAAUCGGAAAACUCUAUGAUGUUGAAUAAUGAAGAGUUGCUUGAAAGUUCCGUGUAUUCAGCAAUGGAUUUGGAGACAGUCAAAAGGAAACUGGAGGAGUUUAUUCCUCAAGUGUGGACAAUGUCGGAAACAUCAGUCCUAAAGAUGGCUGGGAGAGACCUGAUCAGGUUUAAAAAGUUUAAAGAACAAGGUAUGCCUAUUAAGUUUGGCAGGUUUUCUCAGAAGGAAAAUACUCAAAUACAGAAGAAUGUUGAAGACUUUUUAUCACUUACAGAAAUAGAGAAUGCAGAGAAACUAUUAUUUACCUACCGGUUCCCAGAAGAGCAAGGAGCCAUCACCAGAUUGAAAACAAAAUAUGCUUUUGGUAUGAAGAUUGCUGAGGGGAUUCCACGGCCCUGGAAACAGGUAUAUUUUCGGGCAAGAAAGAUGUUUGACCCAAACAACUAUAAAGGGAGGUAUUCUGAGGAUGAAAAAGAAAAAUUAAAGAAGUAUCAUGCUAUACAUGGCAACAACUGGAAGAAAAUUUCUGAGAUGAUGUCCCGCAGUACCCACUCGGUUGCUAUGAAGUAUUCUCAGAUUAAGUCCCAGGUUAAUUCUGGUCCUUGGAGUAAGGAGGAGACACAGAAGCUAGUUCAAGCAGUGAAGGAGAUCAUUCAGAAGAGGGCUGAUCUGGAAGACAUAAAAUUAUUGCUACAGGCAGAGAACUCAGAGGGAACUCUCUCAGUUGAACGUGAAAAACUGUACAAGAACAUAUCUUGGACCGAGAUAGAAGCUAAAGUGGGAACCAGAUAUUGGAGACAGUGUAAACAGAAAUGGAUUUCAAUUGUAACAAAGAAAAUGUCCAGUGGGCAGAAGGUAUAUGGUGGGACUAAAGGUUUACAGGCCAAAAUAGAUCUUAUUAAAAGAUUGUAUGAAAUGAAGGUGGAAGACGCUAAUGAAGUGAACUGGGAAGAGCUCUGUGAGAUAAUUGGAGAUGUCCCUGAAGCCUAUGUUCAAGCCAAAUUUUACAAGUUAAAAGCUACCUGCGUCCCUUCUUGGCAAAAAAAGACUUUUCCCGAAAUAAUCGAUUAUCUUUAUGAAGAGACACUUCCAUUGCUUGAGAAAAGAUUAGAAAAAAGAGAGAAGAGGUCUCAGAGUUGUGACAGGUUGCCUUCCAGCUGCGAGAGAAAGGUUUUCCAGUUCAAUGAUAUCUUUGACAACAGUGAAGAUGAUGCUGAUGACAAUGACUGAUUAUCCUCCAAAAUGCUCCCUCUUUGCACACCCCCAAAAUGAAAAUGGAUUUUGAUUAAACUGGGUUUAAAUCAGAAACUGAAAUAAUGGGAAGAAUGAAGACACGCAAGCCUGCUUCUAUUGUUUUUGUAUUGAAAAGAGAAGUAAAUAUAGAUUAUUUUUUGCAGUAUCUUUUGUUAUUAGAGACAUUUAACUUUAUCCUCAGAUUGUUUGAGGAAGCUAAAGGUCACUGUGUAUUGGACUUGUGGAAACACUGAAAAACAAUAUUUUUUUCUUAAUACGUCAUUCAUUACAACUUUACUAAAAGUCCUGGGUAAGCCUGUCUGAGUGAAUUUAUAUUUUCAGCAUUCUAAUAUCAAAUUAUGAUAUUUUUUAAAAAAUCUGCUUUUUUUUUUAAGUCCAUUUAUUUUAAGUCUGUGUAAGGAGAAUGUUUUUUUAAUUUUUUGUGUUCAGUAUGUAUUUAAAAAAAUGCAACAAACUCUUUAGGUAAGUAGAGGGUACCGCCAGUCUUCAGAGAUAACAACUGGGGGUAAAUUAACAUGAAAUGUAAUGACUAAGAUUUUAUAGAUUCUGUCAGACAUUUUCCACCUAAUUGAAACAUUGGAAUAUUAAUGAAACCAGCGUACUGUUAGCCAGACUGCGGAGAAUUGAUUGCUAUAUGGCUAAUUUAAGCUGGUGAGUCAGUAACUGCACAGUUGCCGCCUUUUUCCUUCCGCUCCACUUUGCUCUGACUGGCUAAGAUGAAUCCAUUUCAGUAUAUGACCAAACUGAUUCUGAUACUGUAAAAAUGGUCAAAUAGCUGAAGUUUAUAAACACUCUAUUGAUCUGAAGAAUUUUUUUCAGAAAAGUAUUAUUAAGAAUCUUUAUUAUAUGGCCCACAUUGGGCACUGUAGAAGUAUUAGAGUAAUAAAUUUUUGAAGCAUUAUGGAGCAUUUCUGGGCCUCUGGUUAAAUAGGAUCAGUUUAUAAAAUGUCCAGAUUCAUAGAGGAGCCAUAGUGUGGUCUCUUAGGUAUAUCAUGUGUUUUUAUUGGCCUGUGCAUUUUAUAUUUUUCUUUUUAAUCAAAAAUACUAACUUUUAUGAGUAAAAACUUUUAGGUUGUUUCCUAAGGGCUUGUCUACAGCUGAAAACCUGUUCCAGAAUAAGGAAGGGUGCAAGUUUAGUUCAGAAAACUGUAUUAAUAAAGCUGCUUAUUCUAGUGUCAAACUCUGACUUAUGCUUAGUAUACGCUCAGUGUGGUGGUAUGUUGCCAGUUCGUCAAUAUUAGAGUGAUCUAUUCAUAGUUGUUAAAACCAAAUGAUGCCAUUGUCGUCAUCUAGUCAGACCUCUAGCAAAUACAGGCCAUAGGACUUCCAUGAAUUCAGUUUAGAAAGCUGUUCAUCUGCUGAGACCUGAAAUUCAGUUACUUCUCCAGCAACAGUUGAUGAGCCAAUAACAACUAAAAGAAAUCAGGGAGCUGCACUCUUUUUAGAUGAUCGUGACAUCUUAUGUUGCUGCAGGGGAAUCAUGGAAACCUGAAUUGUAGUUUUGGCAUCAAUUUUGUUUUAAAGACAGCUGUAAUAUGUCCUGCAUAAACUGUUAGUAGUUUUGGAGCUCGGGUUACUCUGUUUUAAUCUUUUAUACAACAAAAAAGGGCAUAUAUGCCUUUUACUUUGACUACUUUUUUUAAAUAUUUCUAUUAAAACUGAAGUGAUACACUUAAGAUUUUCUUUUUAUUAUAAUGCAGAGAGAAAAUAGUCAAUAGAUUAUAUAUUCCUUUUUUCUUAGGGAAGUAUUUCUAUGUAAAUAUUACAAUAAUAAGAAUGUUGAUGGACAAGAUGAAAAUUGUACAUAUGUCUUCAUUUUAUGAUUUAAUUGUUGUAAGAUAAUGGCAUCUUUCUAUAAAUAAAGAGAAUGUAAAUAAUUUGCUGUGA